AUGGUUUCGUGUAAUUUAACCGCGCCAGAAGUUCAAGUGGGAGCAACUAUAAAAAUUGAAACAAAUAACGGAUUGAUUGCCGAAGGAAUAGUUAUUUCGCUCGAUGCGCUCCGUAAGGUUUUGGUUCUCGAUACCAAGGAAACCACAGGAAGCAAACCAGUGGUUCGCAUAUUCAAUUCUGAACAUUUGAACAGCAUAACAGUUGUAACGGCAGCACUCGAAGAAGGUCAGAAACACGCAAUCAAUAGAUGUGAGCAAUUCCGAGCAAACAAUCCGGUUAAUGGAGCCAAGACAGCUGAACGCUUGCAGAAAACUCUUGGAGAUCUACGACCAAAUUUGAUGAAGUCAUCAAACGUCUCUAUCAAAGGUCAACAGGCUUAUAUUCAGCUCAAACGUACAAUCGCUGAGACGUACUGGUCAGGAGAGGAUAUUCGCGUACUUGGACUCGUUCUGGUUCAGAAGCCAUAUGAUGUUGACAAUGUGACAAAAGAUGCGAAAGCAACAGGAUUUGAUGAAACAAGGGCGAAUAAUGCGCUUCUCCAAGUUAAAAAGAUACUUUCCAAACCUGCAACCGGCUACACAUCACGAGCUCCACUCGAUUUCACUAUUGGAGCAGUGGUCACUAAUUAG